UCUUGUUUUCUCCAUUGAAAGUGUCAAUACUUGCUGUGAUUGCAUACAAUUCAAACUAACCUCACACGACGUACUCUUCUAGACAUCCACCGACAUUUUGCAUAUAAAAAUCUUUUGGAGUGAUUCUAAAGAGACGGAUCACUGUGGAAAACCCGAAAACCUACUCCGCGAGAAGAAGAUGGUCGGAAGUGGUCUAAUCGUGCUGCUGAUCCUCGCGAUGACCUGUCUCACGAGGGGUGCGAUGGCAGCUCGCUAUACCGUCGGAGACCACGUGGGUUGGACAUCUCCGCCGAACAUAACUUCAGGGUUCUAUGACGAUUGGGCUGCAAACAAAACAUUCAUGGGUGGAGACGUUUUGGAAUUCAAUUACAAGGGAACUCAGAACCUGGCCGUCGUAUCGAGAGAAGAAUACGACCACUGCAAAAGGGUGUCGAAGGUGUUGGGCGAAGGCGAGGAAGGCGAGGGCUACGCAUACCCGCUCCCCGCGAACGCAAACGGCAUGUAUUACUUUGUCAGCACCAUCGACUCUCACUGCAAGGGCGGUCAGAAGCUCGCCAUCAAGGUCACCUCCAGCGUCCCAUUUUUGACUUCGCUCAGCUCCGAUUCCUUGUCCGUGCUUGUCUCCGCCAUACUGUCAGCUCUGUUCAUCCGCUGAUGUUCGAAUGCAAGAAACACAUUGGAGAUAAUCGAGCUCUCGUAUUGGUGGUUUUAUAUCAAGAACAACAAAUGUAGGCAAUUACAAUUCACAGAGGUGAAAAAAGUGGGAUAACGUGAGUAAAAGUCGUA